AUGUAUCAUGGGCAUAGACGCAAUGUUUGGCUUAAUGAUAAAGAGCUCUGGGAGAUAAUUCUGAAAUGCAUGGAAGGUACCGGGGCGAAAAAAAGUGUCGAAGUGUACCUCGACUUUGUUAAUCCUGGGAAGCUACCUCCCGAUUCUCCUAAAUAUACCACAAAAAAGAGUGGGAGAAAGGGGAGGGGGAGGGGGAGGGGGAAGGGGAAGGAGAAGCCUAAGACGGCAGAUCUUCCGCGGUUAGAGCCGCUAGAAAGACCUUCUCUGCCGCCGUGCAGCUUUGAUACUAAACUAGUAGAAAUAUUGGGACUUCUUAUGCGUUUAUGGAAAAGAAAGUUUCAUAUUGAUGCCCCAGGGUUACGUAAAAGAGGCUACUCCGAAAACAUUACGGGGGCAAUAUCUGCAGAUAAAGAAAACCAGACUGAAAGAAUUCAAGGACUCGAUGAUUUUCGACAAAGGGCCAAAGAUCUUCGCGGAUCUCGGGACACUGGAGCUCAACUUUUUACAGCACUCCUCCGGGCUCUUGGAUUCGAAUCAAGACUCGUAUUCAGUAUUUGUCCGCUUGGGUAUGGUUUUUCGAAAAGUGAGAUGCGCGAGGACGAUAGUACAGGGCGUUCAAGGGAAAGCGCGUCAAGCGUCGAAUCAAGUGGAGAAAGUUCGGAUUAUGGUUCCAAUUCUGAUAAUAACCUUUCAAAACAGAAACAGUCGUCUUCUAGGCAAAGGAGCAUGGGUAAUGCAAAGGCAUACGAUAAAGAUCUCAAGUUUCCAACAUUUUGGUCCGAGGUUUAUUCCCCAAUAACAGAACAGUGGAUAGCGAUUGACCCGCUUGUUACCGGUUUAAUCCUAAGCAAAGAUGAUAUGUCCAGGCUCGAGCCUAAAGGACGAAUAGCUUCAAAAUCCAAACAGCAAAUUUCAUACGUCAUUGCUUAUAGCGCUGACAAGUCGGCUCGAGAUGUCACAAUACGUUAUUUGAGUGGGAUGGUGUUCCCCGGGAAAACCAAAGGUUUCCGGAUGCCCAUAUUUGGGAGGGAAGUGCUUAGCAAUCAGGGAGAUCUCCUAAUGAUGGAAGAAUUCGACCUUUUCUCGGAGAGAAUUCUGAAGUGUUUCCAACCUUGCGGUCUGGCUAAGACGGCAAGAAGCCUCAAAGAGGACCAGGACUUAUUACCCAAGGCCUCUACGGAAUUGUUGAAUCCAUUUAAAGGGGAUUUCCCCAAGAGCAUCGCUGCAUAUAAAAACCAUCUCAAGUAUGUGCUUGAACGGCACUUGAAACGAGAGGAUUGUAUCUUGCCAGGAGAGCUACCAGUACAUACGUUGGCUACUGGCAAAGCAAGCGCGAUCAAGGAGGAGAAAGUAUAUUCCAGGCAGUCUAUAAUUGUCGGCAAGCCAGCCGAAAACUGGUAUAGGGAGGGUAGAGUCAUCAAGAAAAACGAACAUCCACUCAAAAUAGUGCCCAGUCGGGCUGUCACGACCAAUCGAAAGCGCGAAAUCGAGGAUGCGAAACGUGAAGGCGAUACUAGAGCUGGGUUAGUUGGUCUCUACGGUUUCUAUCAAACAGAGAUUUAUCGUCCGCCGCCUAUCAUUGAUGGGGUAAUCCCCAAAAAUGCCUAUGGAAAUAUUGAUUGCUUCGUUCCGAGUAUGGUCCCCGUAGGUGCCGUUCACGUGCCUUGGGGGAACGCAGUACGGUUGAGUAAGAAACUUGGGAUUGAGUUUGCAGAAGCCGUCACUGGAUUUGACUUCAAAAAUAAGAGAGCGGUACCUCGGACUGAGGGAGUAUUGUGUUCGGAAGAGAAUGCAGACAUUUUGACCGAGGCUUGUAGACAAGACGAUGAACAGAAAAGAUUGAAGGAUGGUGAAAAGCGCCAGCAGAUUUGUCUUGCGCUCUGGAAAAGAUUUCUUAUCGGCCUUCGUAUUGUUGAAAGGAUCGAAGAGAGCUACGGGUCGGGAACUAGCGAACCUGCAGCUGCUCGGGAAACUGAAGAUACAGGCCGAGAUCAGGAACGGGAGACCACGGUGGUCCUGGAUUCGGGUAAUAACAGCGACUUAGAAGAAGGGGGCUUCUUCCGUGAGUAG